AUGGCUUAUGAUCGCUAUGUAGCAAUCUGUCACCCUCUUCAUUACUCAAUUCUUAUGAGUCCAAAGCACUGUGCUCGACUUCUACUUUCAGUGUGGGUCAUGGGUUUACUCGAUCCUGUUGCACAUACUAUUUUAAUUGCAAAUUUUUCAUAUUGUCGUUCACACCAUAUUGACCACAUUUUCUGUGAUUUAACUUCAUUGCUUAAACUUACCUGUAGUGAUACAUUUACUAUCGAGAUAUGGAAUUACAUUGAUGGGACUCUCCUAAGUGUCAGUGCAUUUAUACUAACAUUGAUAUCUUAUGUGUUUAUUAUCUCUACUAUUCUAAAUAUACAAUCAGCAAGUGGUCGACAUAAAGCUUUUUCUACCUGUGCCUCUCACAUAACUUGUGUUAUUAUAUUUUAUGGAACAUUGAUCUGUUUGUAUAUGAGACCAAUAUCUAUGUAUUCUCCAGGACAGGACAAGUUUUUUGCUCUUUUAUAUAUCAUACUUAUUCCAGUGUUGAAUCCUCUUCUUUACACCCUGAAGAAUAAAGACUUUAAAAAUGUUUUUAAAAAGAUUAAUAAAACAUUGUUUGGUUCUGAGCUAUAUUUUAAAGAUGUCCAAUAA